AUGGCUGCAGCUGCUGUUGACACUGCCCCUGCGCAGUCUCCCUCUCCUUCAGACGUCAAGCCCAACAGUGUUACCAAUUCUGUACCUUCAGAGCUUGUCGAAUUUCCACACUACAGAGAACUUCAGAGGAACUUGCGCAACAAUGUGAAGAAGCUGAACGCUACCUCCAAAGUGGACGCCGUCAUCGCCAACAACCCCGACAAGACGCUCGACGAGCUCGUUGCGGAGAAGAAGAUCAACGAGGAUCAAAAGGCACAGGCACUGAAGAAACCUGUUCUUCAGGCCACCAUUGCGCAGCUGGAGGAGCAGAUUGCGCACUACAAGGAGUUUGCGACAUUCUACGAACAGCGUCUGGCCAGCCAGAAGGCGGAGCUCGAGAAGGCGCACAAGGAGGUGGAGGCUCUGCGGGAGAAGGCUGCCACUGCAACACCGGCACCCGCAGAGCAAACACCUGAAGUAAAGAAGGAGGAUGCCGCUCAGCAAUUGCUGAGCGUGAGCAGGUUCCUGAGCACUGCUGCCAUCAGAAGACAUCGUGGUGAGGACGAGACUACGGCUGAGAGUCGUGCCUUCGAAGGUGUCCUCGCCCAGGUCUACGGAGGCCACCUCGAUGCAGUUGCCUCGAUGCAGAAACUCAUUGAUGGAGCCGAUGAGAAGGUUGUCAGUGUUGACGGCGAGAAGCUUGAAGUCACCUUCGCUCGUGUUAAGCAGCUCUCCGAACAGGAGACAGUCGCGUCAGCCGCUUCGCAGCCCGCUCCAGAGGCCGCGACCGAUCCCACUACAGCCAACGCCGCUUCCACCGAACUUCAGGACCCGGUAUAUGUCACUGAAGCUGCUAUAGACAACGCCGCCACCGCCUCCACAAAUGAGGCUGAGAGCGUUGCUCCGCCGCCGCAGACACUUGUUGGGGAAGGUGCAAACGCGGUCGCUGAAUCCGCAUGGGAGCCGAACAGCGACCCUCUUGCCUCUUCCACGAACACUGAGGGCUUUGUAGAGAUCCCUCGUGACCCGGCUGAGACGGAAACUGGCCUCCAGGCGACUCCGGCCAACAUAACCGCCGACGUUGCCUCCGAGGACGCAGAAAAAACUGAAAACGACUUUGAGCAGGUGGGCAGCCGCCACCAAAGGCAGUCUAGCUUCCGAGGUCGGGGCCGCGGUCGUGGUCGUGGAGGCGAUAAUUUCCGGGGUCGUGGCCGUGGUGACUUCCGUGGUCGUGGCCGCGGCCGCGGCCGCGGCGGCCGUGGACGUGGAGGACCUAACGGAGCACCCGCUGCCACCCCGGCUGCUCAGUAA